AAUUAAAGGAUCGGGCACAUCUCUUAAAUAAGAAAGCUUGAUGCAUAAUUGCCCAAAGAAUUCAUGCCUCCGGCGUAAACCAGCUUUAUCUCUCCCUCUCGCUUAACCAACAAUAUCACUCCACUUUUUUGGUUUUUGUUUAUGGGUUCUGGUUUUUCAAGCAUCUUUUCGGACAACAAUGACAAAGCUCCGGCGAGCAGCAGCCUGCAGGGUUUGGGAGACUUGCCGGAGAACUGUUUAGCUAUGGUCCUCGAACACUUUGACGCACCGGAGAUCUGUAACUUGGCCCUUGUGAAUCGUGUUUUUUAUCAGGCUUCUUGUGCUGAUUUACUGUGGGAAUCAAAGUUGCCGGAAAACUAUGGUGUUCUUAUCAAGAAACUGCUGAUGUUACACGAGGAUGAUAGCAGUUUCAGAUGUUUGCGUAAGAAAGAUAUAUAUAGUAGAUUGUGUUAUCCCAUUCGCAUCUCAAAUGGUACCAAGGAGGUCUGGAAUGAGAAGAAAAGAGGUGGAAUAUGCAUGCUUGUUUCUUGGAAAGGGAUGAAGAUAACCGGAAUACAUGAUCGGAGAUAUUGGACCCAUGUCUCUACUCUUCAAUCCAGGUUUCAUACAAUUGCAUACCUUAAACAAAUAUGGUGGCUAGAAGUUGAAGGAGAUAUUGAUUUUGAUUUCCCACCAGGGAAUUACAGCUUAUAUUUUCGUCUAUAUCUUGGAAAAGUAUCUGCAAGACAAAUCCAACACGGUUCAUUUAACAAUGAUCAAGUCCAUGGUUGGGCAAUCAAUCCAGUAUGCUUUAGAUUUUGGGUUUCAAAUGAUCUGCGUGGCCUCUUCUGUCUGUGCCGCGCAGACCACGCGCAGACAUUAGUCUUCGCAGACACUACAAGGAAAUGA